UUAUCUCCUGCAGAAAUGGUUUCUCUUCAUUUCCAGAUCUGAAACAAUUAUUCUCUCUCGAAAUCAAGUUCUCACACAGUUAAACAUCGCCAACAACUCGUGUUCUUGCGAUUUCAGUGAUGAGAAGAUCUGAAGAAGAAUCAACCAAAUGAUACGAACCUAAAUCCGAGCAUAAAGAAACUCGAUUCAAUUCAAUCGAAGAGAAACAUCUACAAAAAUGAACCAAAGAUUUUUGGUGUUUGGUCUGAUUGGAACAAGUCAAGUUAGUGAUGAAGGUGAUGUUGAGUUCAAGGCUGUUCUUUUUGUUCCUCCAAAGGCUCCUCAUGAUCUGUAUGGGAGUUACUACAAUGCUAACAAGUCCAACUUGAAGUUAUACGUCAGACGUGUCUUCAUCUCAGAUGGAUUCGAUGAUCUUCUGCCCAAGUACCUGAACUUUUUGAUGGGAAACACAUUAGGAAGUUGGUUAAAGAUGGAUUCAUCAGCUGCAAACCAAACCACAUUCACUCUCCAUAUCAUGCACGGAGAAUGACAAAAGCCAGAUUGAGGGGUUUUCACUCUGGAUAUGGUUCAGUUAGUGAUUGAGAAUUUAGAGCAAUUGUUCCUGAACACAAUAAAAAUGAGCGGCUUGUUGUCAAUGAUGAUCGAGGUGAUAAGUUAAUGCUACUGCGAGCAAAUCCAGAUGCC